CACGCCAGUGCCCUUUAAAUUUCAGUAUUUAUUUCAAGUCUGAGCGGUAUAUUUUAAGUGCCAAGCGGCGGGCACACUUUCUUUUCUCUUGUGAAUAGCAUUUGGUUGCACGUUUCUUCUGCGAAGCCGCCACCAUGCAAAUCUUCGUUAAAACCCUUACCGGCAAGACCAUUACCUUGGAGGUGGAACCUUCGGACACCAUCGAGAAUGUGAAGGCCAAGAUUCAGGAUAAGGAGGGAAUCCCCCCAGAUCAGCAGCGUCUCAUCUUCGCCGGCAAACAGCUGGAGGAUGGACGCACCCUGUCCGACUACAACAUCCAGAAGGAGUCGACCCUCCACUUGGUGCUUCGCCUGCGUGGUGGUAUUAUUGAGCCCUCGCUGAGAAUCCUGGCCCAGAAGUACAACUGCGACAAGAUGAUCUGCCGCAAGUGCUACGCCCGCCUGCACCCGCGUGCCACCAACUGCCGUAAGAAGAAGUGCGGACACACCAACAAUCUGCGCCCCAAGAAGAAGUUGAAGUAGAUGCUGAUCCGACGAUCCCAGCUGGUCUUUCUAUCGACAAGUCCAUGGUUAACCAUCUAAGUAAAUAUAUGUACAUUUUGUGAAAUCACAUCUCUUGAAAUGUAUUGUAUUUGCUAGCAAGGCACAGCUA